AUGGGCUCGGAAACCAAGUAUUUUGAUGCUGAUUUCGACGCGUGGGUGCAAGCUCUCCUCGAGAAGCACCAUGUUCCAGGAAUUAGCAUCGGUGUUGUCGAUGAAGGGAGGGUGUUCACCAAGGCUUAUGGAUUUGCCCGUCUUCCAGAUGUCCCUGCGACCAGUGAGACAAUGUACUUCACUGGAAGCACGACAAAGGCAAUGGUCGGUGCCGCUUUGGGGCGCUUGAUGAGCGACGAGCCUGAAUCACAUCAACAAAAGGAGAACAAGCAACUACAGACCUUACAAAGGCAGCGAUGGGCGACACCCAUCAGCAAGAUCCUCCCAGAAGAUUUUGUUUUGGAGGAUCAGCAUGCGUGUUCGGAGAUUACGGUCGAGGAUGCCUUGUCCCAUCGCACUGGCUUCUCGGGUGCGGAUAAUCUGUACGGGCGCUGGAUGGGCUCGCAGCCUAAAGGCAUCACGAAAGCCCUCAGAUUCUUGGGCGGACCGAACAAGUCCUUCCGGACGACAUUCCAGUAUAACAACUUGAUGUACAGCGUUUUGGGAGAUGUUUUGGAGACCACGACUGGUCUCUUGUGGGGGGAUGCCCUCCGCAAGCUCAUCUGGCAGCCUCUGAAGAUGGUAUCAACUUUCUGGAAGCUGGAUGAAAUUCCGGAUGUUAAGAAGAACGCUGUCGCCUAUGGCUACUUCUGGCUGCCUUCAGAGGAUUCCGAGGAUGAAGAAGGAAAAGGGCAAUUCAUACGGGAACGAUACUUGGAUUUUGCCGGCAUCGCCCCAGCUGGGUCCGUUAUCUCAAACGUCGUUGAUUACGCAAAAUGGAUCAAAGCCCUUCUGGACGCUGCCAGCCCUCGGGGUAUGACAGAAGAGUCACAGCACCAGGCCGCAUCCUCAGAAGAGGACCAGCCCACUGUUAUAACACCGAAUUUGUUUGCUGAAUUGACCUCCCCGCGGAUCCUGCAGCCGCUGCCACCGCCAAUGAACAAGAACAGCCAUCUGACACCGCGAUUAUAUUCGCUCGGAUGGUUUAAUAUGUCAAGCACGAUGGGUCUCAAACACCCUAUUGUCGCACACGCUGGGGGCUUGACGGGCUUCGGAACUCAGCUGUACAUGCUUCCGAACGACGAAUUUGGGUGUGUCACCCUGGGCAACACGAUGAUUUCCAGCCACAGAAUCGGAGAAGCCGUUUGUAUCGAACUCAUGGCGCGAAAGUUUGCGCUUUCCGGAACUUCAAAAGAUGAAUUUGCUGAGUCACUCAGCAACUUUGAUGCGCUCGACAAGUUGGCUGCUCUGGCCGGGAAAGUGAGCGAACCGAGUCCGUCGGAAUCUGCAACCAUCGUUGAUACUUCACAAGGGGAUCGACUCCCUGAUGACCUCUGUGACGAGUUGGCAGGCACGUACCAUCACCCGGCCUACGGACCGUGUCGUGUCUCGCGCGCCCAAGGCCCAGAGAGAGACCGAGUCUUGUGCGGCUUUCAGGUGGCCGAAAAGAACAAACAGGAUCUUGAAGCAAACUGGAACAAGGCGCAGACUUUGUACGUAUUGCCUAUGGGUCACCAUACGUGGGGCAAUCAAUUCGUCCUUCACGUGCGCAAACCAGAAGAAAAAGGAGAAUCAGGCACGUCGACACCACCGGAUGGGAAAGGUGUAGUCCAUCUGGACCUGGAGUGCUUAAGUCUGCAUGGGCAAGACCCGGAGGAGACAUCAAUUGAUUCAUCAAUGUCACAGGCGUCAAAGCCACAUCCCCCAAAGACUGUCUGGGAAACCCAGCAUUUCUGCCGAAACGGUGCUGCUUUCAAAGCUGUGCCGAUACCUGAAAAGGGCACGAGGACAACAAAUGGACCUCCUGGCUCUGGAUGGACAUUGGGUCUACGACUUGCAAACGAGUAUCUGUCGGUGGACGGGACUACCGAUGAGGGCUGGGAGGGCGAGAUGGCAUGGUUCACCAAGUAG